UCGGCAGUUCCAACAUGGCCGCCGCCUGUUAAGUUUUGAAGCAGUGGAACAGCCCGAGUUCGUGGUGAAGAGGGGUUUACGUUGUUUGUCCAACAUGGCCCAGUGCGUCCAGUCCGUACAGGAGUUCAUCCAGGACUCGUUUGUCCCGAUGGUAGCCGUGUUAAGCAGUCAAGAAGCGGAGACAGUGUCCCGCAAGAACAACCUGAAUUUUGCUGAGCUGCUGAGGCCUUUCUGCAGACUGACAUCUGAAGGUCUCAUCCGGGAUCCCAACAACCAGCUGCAGACGGUGAAAAACCUGCGUAUUUGUGUAAACAACCUGGUUACAAGUCCGAUCCCAACAUCUGGCUCCAUGAGCCCGGCUCAGUACCGAAUGCUCAAUGAGGUGGUGUUAUCCUUCCAGCCACAGGAGGGCGCUCAGGCCACUGUCAUUAAAACUGGAGACUAUUCCCUAAACCUGAGUGUAACCACGCCCUGGUUUGAAGCCUACAGGGAUCAUUUCCUGCAGUCGAUGCCGGCCUUGGACCAUGAGUUCCUGAAUCAUUACCUUGCCUGUCUGCUGGUGGUUUCUUCCACCGAGACGGUUCCUCUGGAGCAGUUCCUCAAGCUGUCCCAGGAGCAGCACCGGAUCCAGCACAGUGGAGAAUAUACUCAUCCCAAGUGGUUCAUCCCAAACACACUCAAGUACUACAUCCUCCUGCACGACAUGAGUGAAGGGGACGAACAGAGGGCAGAGACGGUUUAUGAAGAUAUGAAACAGAGGUACGGUCCUCACGGCUGUUAUUUGCUGAAGAUAAACUCCCGGACCACGUCUGCUGAACAGGAUGAACAGAUUCCAGACCCCUGGAGCCAGUACCUGCUCAGGAGCAACCAACGAAACCAGGAGGUGUUGGAUCUGGCUCCAGCUGCUAACUCUGCUGCUGUUGAGAACAGUGUCUGUGCAUCGGAUGUGGACUCAACCGAGAAAGAUGGAUCCGGAGAGUCCAGUAAUCUAGAGACCCAUCCUCUUCAGCUGGACACAGACACAAGCUCAGCAAGCCUCCAAGCCCUGAGUGACGUCAACACCGAGCUGAAGAAAGGUUCGAGGGACACGGACAUCCUGACACCAGGAAACUAUGGAGCCUGUCUGACCCUGAACGACCACGAUCACAUCCGACAGUUCGUCCAAGAAUUCACCUUCAGAGGCCUGCUGCCACACGUCGAGAAGAACAUCAGACAACUCAACGACCAGCUUAUUUCCAGGAAGGGUCUGAGUCGGUCUCUGUUCACAGCUACCAAGAAGUGGUUUGGCGGAGGUAAAGGCCCAGAGAAGAGCGUCAGUGAACCAAAGAGUACAUAUGGCCUUCUAUACCCUCCUGAAGCCCCGGAGCUGCAGAUCAGGAAGAUGGCAGACCUGUGUUUCCUGGUUCAGCACUACGAGCUGGCCUACAGCUGCUACCACACCGCCAAGAAGGACUUCCUUUCAGAUCAGGCCAUGCUGUAUGCAGCGGGGGCGCUGGAAAUGGCUGCAGUGUCAGCCUUUCUGCAGGGCGGAGCCCCCAGACCAUAUCCAGCUCAUUACAUGGAGACUGCAAUACAGACAUACAGAGAUGUCUGCAGGAACAUGGUGUUGGCUGAGCGCUGUGCUUUACUCAGUGCUGAAAUUCUCAAGAGUCAGGGGAAAUACUCAGAAGCUGCAUCUCUCCUCAUUAAGAUGACCAGUGAGGACUCAGACCUGCGCAGUGCUCUGUUGCUGGAACAGGCGGCCCACUGCUUCAUCAAUAUGCGUAACCCGAUGGUGCGCAAGUUUGCCUUCCACAUGAUCCUGGCUGGUCAUCGUUUCAGCAAGGCAGGGCAGAGAAGGCACGCUCUGCGGUGUUACUGCCAAGCCAUGCAGGUGUACAAAGAGAGGGGCUGGUCUUUGGCAGAGGAUCACAUCAACUUCACGAUUGGUCGCCACUCUUUCACCCUCAGCCAGCCGGAAAACGCAGUGAUGGCUUUCAGGCAGAUCUUAGUUAAUGACAGCAGACAGACAGCCACCCAGCAGGCUGCCUUCCUCAGAGAGUUCCUCUACGUUUACAAGAGUGUGGUUGGAGAAAACGAAGGACACCUACCUGAGCUGCCUCUGCCCUACAUCCAUAGCUCCGCCACGAGAGUCUUCUUUGGACAUGAGCGACGCCUUGCAGAUGGAGAAAAGCAGGCAGCCACUCACGUGUCGUUGGAUCAGGAGUACGACCAGAGUUCAUCAGCCAUGUGGUGCAAUCUGGAGGAGCAGCUUGUAGCUUCGGCCAAUCGUGGGAUCGUUCCAAACACCUUCCAGCCUUCUCAGAGCUGUCUGAACAGUCAGACAGACAACCUUCGUCACCCACUGGCUGUGGUGGAGGAACCAAUCAUAGUUGAGCUGACAUUCAGGAAUCCUUUAAAGGUUUCUUUGACCUUGUCCAACCUCUCCCUGCUCUGGAAGUUCACUGCUGAUGGAACCAUUUCAAAAGACAAGACAAGUGAGCUGAUAACAGGAGAGAGCAUCAGUAACGAGGAGGCCUCGGCUCUACAGAUGGCACAAAAAGAUGACAUUGCCACAACUGAGAUCAUCAAAGAGUUUCAUAUAGGACUGGAAGAAACCAAAAUGGCCAGACUGAGGCUCCUGCCUCACAGAACGGGUCAGCUGAACAUUGUAGGAGUAGUUUACGACCUGACUUCAUCUUCUGUCGGGGAAACGACCUCAGACACUGAAGGUCAGCAAACACUGAACCUAAUAACGGUUCGUGGCAGACAGGACCUAAAGAUCCAGGGUCCACGACUAAACCAGACCAAAGAAGACAAGAUGCAGGUUCGACACAGUACAGAUCGGCGUCUGGAUCCCAUCAUAACACCCCCCAUGCCCCUUAUGGAGGUCUUCUUCCUGCAGUUUCCCACUGCCCUGCUGUGUGGUGAGAUCAGAAAGGCCUAUGUGGAGUUCUGUAACGUCAGCGCUGUUCCUCUGUGUGGUCUCCGCGUGGUGUCAACCCACCCGGACUUCUUCACCUUCGGCAGCCAGGCCUCCACACCCCCCACUCCAGUCUCAGCUGAGAACUGCUCGGCCUAUAAAACCUUUGCCACAAACCUUCAGCUGGGUUCAGAAGCCUCAGAGGUUUUGGUUUCAGCAGAGGAGUUCGGUCAGCCGUUAGGGGUGAUAGAAGUCCCCGUACAGGGGGGUGUUCUUCAACCGGGGGCGUCUGUUCAGCUGCCUCUGUGGCUCAGAGGGUCAGACAAGGAGGGGGUCCAUGAAAUCAACUUUCUGUUCUACUACGAGAGCUCGGAGAAAACACUCAAAAUCAGUCAUCGGGUGUUGCGUCACACCGUGUUCAUCUGCGCCAGUCGCUCUCUGAGCAUCCAGGCCUCGGCCUGCCGCAGCACCGCUCCUCCUCUCCACUCUGUAGACGAUAAAAGCAGCAGGGGAACCCUGGUCUUUAUUGAUGUGGAGAAUGUCAAUACGAGUGAAGGUGGUGUACGCGAGUUCCACAUUGUUCAGGUGUCCAGCGGCAGUCAACACUGGCGUCUCCACAAAUAUAUUAAUCCCUCCAAAGAUGAUGACUGCAAACUGAGCAGCAGAGAAAGAACCAAACUUUGUUUUAGGGCCACACGAUGCAAACCACACCAAGCUAACUUGGACACCAUUAAGAAAUUCACCUUUGCAGACUUGAAUCUUGGAAAUGAACGGAUCAUCAGUUCUUACACUCCUUGUGGAGAUUUCUUCUUCCGUUGUUGUUCCACGUCAGCCUUUCAGCCAGUAGAUUCAUCAUCCAGGACACCAAACAGUAAGAGUCAGAACUCUGGACCCACGGAGAUCUCUGCUGGUUCUGACGUCACAAGGAUCGCCCAGAAGUGUAACGAGCUCGACCUCAACUUAAUCGUCAUCUGGAAGGCCUAUGUGAUUGAAGACAACAGACAGCUGAUCCUCGAAGGUCAGCUUCAUGUGGCGCUGCAGACAUUUGGAAAAGAGACCAGUUCUCUGGUUCCUAAAGAGGAGGCCCAGGAGAUGGUUCUCCUCAAGUUUAAGUCCGACUUACCUCCUCCAGUCAUCCUGCCCUUUCCAGAACUUUCUCAGCUCAUUAAAACUAACCUGCACUACCCGGAAACCUUCACACAUCACUUUGUCCAGGACAGUCUGUGUCUGGUCCCAGUCACUCUGACCCUGUCCAACUGCUCCUUGGCUCUGAUCGACGUCAUCAUCGACCUCCGACACAAAAACACCAGCCUGGAGUCUCUGGAGGUCCACAGUUCGUUUGCCUGGGUGGGUCAGAGCCAGUACAAGCUGCAGCUGGGCCAGCAGGAGGUGGUGAGCCUCGCUCUGAAAGCCUGCUUUUUCCGAGCAGGAGUCUACAACCUGAACACACCACGGGUCUUCGCCAAGCCCGCCGAGCAGAGCUCCAUCUCUGAGACGAGUCAGCAAACAUCGAGUCCCGCCCUCAUCAUCAUCAAGAGCACCUGACAGAACCGGGCCGGGCCGGGCCGCAGGAACAGAAAUACUACAUUUAUUUAAAGCAUUCCUUCAAACAGAGACUAAUGAGCUGAUGGAACAGGCGUAGAACUUCAUUUCACUAGCCGUAUUUAUUUGAUUUAACUUUUUACUGGGUGCUUCCCUCUAUACGCUCUGUCUGUGUGAUGAUCAACUCUAACUGAUGCUUUUCUUCGUUUCCUUACUAAAUCUGCCGUGUUGGACUCAGAGGUUCACUUUAAACUGAAAGGACAGAAACAAACUGCUGCUUUUUAUUUUUGUUAGAUCUGGACCGGUCCUCUUCCACAAACAGAUGCUGUCUUAAAGUGAAUCAAAUCAAAUUGUGAUGAUAUUAAAGUCUUAUUGUAACAUGA